AUGCGUAUCCACCAUCGCGCACCAAAGUCUCCGGAAUUUACGACCCCAUUUGCACCGCUUCAACUAGCGGCAGAAGAUGAGGCACAGCUUGAGGCGGUAGCACGGAUUUUCGUUCAGAACACUGUCAUUCAGUAUGAAAAAUUCAUCAAGCAGGACCGUCGAAAGGUAGACGGUAACCACUGGAAGUGCAUUAAGCAGGAGCGUGAGCUUCGGGUAUUUCUUCAGCGCCGGCGAAAGGACGUCGAGCGCCGCAUGCGUCGACAAGUGCGACUCCGAAACUUCCGAAACCGAAGCUCAAACGCAGCGGAUUUUUCCGGCACGGAAUUGUGUAAUCCUAGCAUAGGUAGUCGCGACAGCAGUUGCUGCAGUGUCUCGAGCCUCUUCAGUCGCAAAACAGGCAGCUUUUCGAGCAAUUACAGCAAGACCAAUAGUUACGAUAGUAGGUCACCGACGCCCAGUAACAUGUCCAGCAUUGAAGCAAGCCCAGCAACACUACUGGGUGUGGAGCUGCCGAUAUUGCAGCUUGUGGGUUCCGUACCAGGUUCACUGGAUGACGCGAUGUACGGUGCUCUUGGUGCGACAGUUGAUGUUAUGCGUGUGAAGAGUGCAUAUGAACGCGACAACAUUACGGACGGUGCUGUGUUGGCUACAAUUACAACGCCUACUACGGCCGAUCCGUUCCGAUCAUUAACGAUCAAGUGGAUCGAGCAAGAAGGUCCAACGAUCGACUACCAUCGCUAUCACUCGUUGCACUAUCCUGUGACACUUCCAGGUGCAGGAUCACGAGAGGAUCUAAUCUUUCUGGAAGCUACCGGUACAACGACGUUGUCGACAGGAGAGCGCGUUGGAUUUCAACUACGCCAUUCAGUACACUUCCCUCAGACUCAUGUCCGACAAAACGUGCGGCGGGGGAAUAUGUCUACGUGCACGAUUUUUCGCAAUGGCGAUGCCAUUACGACUGAAACCCGAGGAGGUCCGUCUCGUGGAUCAGUAGAAAUCUUUGCUCGCGCUUGUUUAAGCGGUGGAAAUGCUGCUGUUCGAUCUACGACUGCCGCAAUGGCAGCAACCGGUACGGUUGUUCUGUGUGGACGAAUGAAGAAACUUGCGUGGAUGCUCGCACAGCGCCAGCCCUCAGUUGAACCAUUAAUGGGGUAUGUCGCACAGCAAACGAGUCUUUCUGCACUCACCCGCUCGCUCCCGCAACGCAAAGCUCGACGUGGGUCGCUUACGGUCACAAUCUCCACUGCUGCCGCUGCCGCCAUGUCAGUGACCGACAGCAAGUUGUGCGUGACUUGCAAAAAGCGUGGUCCCUGGUUCAGUGCGCACAGCAACAAGAAGAAACCAGCGACCACAUGCCAAUUGUGCUGGCGUUUCGUGUGUUCGUCUUGCCGCUCAAAGAAGACGGUUAUGAACUGCAUCACUGGUGCGAGACGUGACGAUCGUCUCACAACGCACGUCGUACAGCGUGGAGUCACAUUGUGUAAUGUUUGCGUGCACCAAUCGAUGGUAGCAACAAGUGCUCGGGACGUGGCUCGAGAAGAGAUCGAAGCUGAUCCAAAGCGUUGGCGAUUCCCGUCACAAGGUGACGUUCGAGAGCGCUCAUCGGAUAGAAAUUUGCAAGCGCAUUUGCUAGCGCAGUUCCUAAGCUCCACACGCGGUACAAGCGCUUUGAAACCGAUAUCGGUUGUUUCACUGCGCUCUGAACUAGCUGUGAAUGAUCUAUUUGGGUGUUGUGCUUGA